UAUUACUCGAUUUUCGCUGAAGGAUUUCAAAUGAUUAGGAAGUUCUUUGGAGGGCUAAAACUUCGGUAAAAGAAGUUUCUCCUAUUUCGACUAUUAUCGACAACGGAUCAAGGUGCUCCCAAGUUUUUCUUGUAACAGGUGCACGUCAGGGCAGCAAGUCUGACAAAUAUUUCAUCUGAUUUAUUGCAGAGGACAUUGUGUAGCUGCAUGCAAAUCGGUGACCCACAUAGCCGGCAGCAGCAAAUUUUGGCAAGUUAUGCAUCCAUAAGACUCUGCGUCCUCAAACGAUUUUGACUGAAAAUUUGCUCUCCACUACCCUUCUAUCAUUGGCUUACAAGUGCUCUGUCAAAUAAUGUGAUUGACAGAAUGGUUCACCUUAAUGGAUGUUUUCCGUUCCGGAUAUUUCAUGGCGACUAAGAUGGCAACUAUAGCACAAUUGACUCACUCAGUAACACAUGCUCACUCAAUCUCACCCAAAUUUAAAUUGAACCUUACUCCUAUUCUUCACUUGAACGAUUUGUUAUCCUUAAAUAAAUCAAGUUAAGGUGGACUGAGUAAGAGAAUAAUUUCAAGUUCAUUAUUUUUCCAGGAUGUGAUUUUAUUUAUGCAUUGCGCAUGUUCUCAACUUCAUUUCUAACAGAUUUCGUUUGCAUAUUGCCACUUAGAAGCGUUUUCCUUUUAAUGUAAAUUUUCAUUUGCCUUUGCAUUAGUUGAUAAAAGUGGCGUAUCAGCUUUUUUCCAAAAAUAGAUGAAGCUACUCACCCAAAUGAUUUAAAACGCAGAGCAGAGUCCAGGGAAAUUUCAUCUUCCAAGCAAUGGAAGCGUACAGUGUGUGUAACACAAGCUGCAGGGUCAACGAUUCACGAGGUGAAUUUGACGAAACUGGAUACGAAGACAUCUUUUUCCCUUGGCCAUUGAUUGUGGCAUUGUCCUUCAUCUGCCUGCUGAUUACUGCCGUAAAUGGUUUGGUUAUCAUCUUAAUCCACAAAAAGAAGACCCUGAGAACACUUACCAACAUGUUUCUUACCUCGUUGGCCAUAUCAGAUCUGUUGUCUGGUCUGGUGGGAAUUCCUCUUGCCCUUAUAUGUUUAACAAGUUCAACAAGAGACAUUCUCAUUGUUUGUGUGCUGUCUACAAUAUUCAUUCGAUUUACAGCCAUCUCUUCGGUAUGUCAUGUUCUGCUUAUCGCUUGUGACCGCUACAUUUUUAUUGUUCAUCAAAUGAAGUACCAUUCUCUUGUAUCAAACCGCAGAGGAAUUGCUGCCACUGUGGUCAUAUGGCUGAUUGCAUUUGCAGCCUCGACUAUUCAAACGUCUUGGCACAGUUUCGACGAGGAAGCAUUAACAACAAUUGACAACGAAACAGAGAGCAUUGAUAUUAAAUACAGUCUGACUUGUUUAGCGUUGUUCUUCGCAUUUCCUAUGAUAAUGAUAUGCUAUAUCUACGGAAACAUAUUUUACAUUUCAUUAAAGCGUCACCAAACAGAUCGGAAACUAAGCAAGGAUCUUCGGCAACGUUUUCGGUCACGACAUCACGAGUGGCGAGGACGCAGUGUGUUAUCGAUAACAUUACUAAUCUUCGCUGGCUGUUGGUUACCGUAUUUCCUAAUGGUGCUCUAUGAACAUACGGAAUCAUUUCAUCUGCCUCCUUUGCCACUCUGGGUUAAUCGCCUUCUUGUAUUUCUCAGCUUCGUGCCUGCUGUAUCGAAUCCCGUAUUGUGUACAUUAACCAAAAAGGAUUUUCGCCAGGCAUUUAAAGAAGUGGUCUUACGAAGAGAACGUUCUUACCUAAGUGAUACAAAACUCAACUUUCACGUUGCCAGCCAGUGACUAACGUUAACUUAAAAAGUAAGCGCAGAGUGCCAUCUAGCUUUCUCGAGAGGCAUAAAGUUUUGUCAUACGAAACCAUGGAGUGGUUUCUACGAACUAGCUAGUUUCAGGCGUAAUCACGUGGGGCAGCAGAGAGACUCAAGUGAAGAAAUAGUGCGUUAACAAAAGUACGUAAGUUAAGAUCAGUUUAGUUUUGGUCUCACAUAGUAGUUCAAUGGAGAUCGGCUAUCCUUUUAAUCAUUUUUGGCCCCUGAAAAUGAUAUUGUACCAUACCCCAAUACAAAGAAUUCACUGUGAGGGAAAUUUGCAUUUGUAAAUGUACUUACGUUGCUUCGUUUCGUUUGAAUGCUAACUGGUCAUUUUCGCUUUUAGAAUGUUGGUUUUCUGACCCAAUAAAAACCCGUGCCCUAAAUAGUCAGGCGCUCUUAUAUGGUCAGUAUUUCGUAUUUUGUAAAAAUUAGUGAUCAUCGAGCUGACAAUACUUGUAUAAUGACCUUUCCCUGGUAUCAAAAAGUUAAAAAGACUAUCACUGUAUGAUUCUCGGUUCCUCUACCAAAAAAGAACUUUAAAUAUAAUUUUGAAUAGCGAGAAAAAGAGCGCAUAUUCAAAUUUCAACUAAGAGAACCUGAAGAGAGAAUUAGGAGUGAAUCAGGAAAUGAGCCAUCUAAUUUGCAAAUACAUUGAGUCAUUCACAAGCGUAAAGUGGAAACAUUAUCCCUGCAACUUCACGUUCAUUGAAACUAUUACAUGGUUUCAUCAGCUGGACCGGCUGGUUAAUUUCGGCCUGACGAUGACACAAAAAUAGAAAGUGUAGAAGUCUUUAUUGUAUCUCAGAGUAAUUGUCGGUACAGUACUUAUCUAAAUAAAGUCGUCAAUCUAUUCUGAUGUUACUAACUAAAUAUGUCGAAUUUUAAGAUUGGUAUGAAAGGCAAAGACAAUGUUUCAGUUUAAGAUGAAAAGAAAGUUUUCAUUUGUUUUA